AUGGUCUGCACCCGAGACCGCCCCCUCGCCUUUAUACCCACAGCCCCUUCACUCACAUGUCUACGACCAGCCGCCUUCGCGGCACCACGGCACUCAUCGUCGACGUGCUGUCCCAAUUCCCGAGUCUCGAGAAGGACUAGAGUAGCCCCUUUACCGCGUCUAUCCCGAAUCCGUCAACGACCCCACCCGCGAAGUCCCUAUAAACCCCCACACGCCUCCCUGCAAUCCCUCGCCACCCGACUGCCCCGCCUCAUCGACGCCUUAACCGCUCUCUUCCCAGUCUGGGUUGCCUCUGGCGCGCUCCUAGCCUACCUCCACCCCCCCGCUCUACUCUGGUUUUCCUCCUCAUGCAUAGUCCCCGUUCUCGCCCUCAUCAUGCUGGGCAUGGGCCUGACCAUCUCCCCCUCCGCCUUUCUGGCGAUCGCCUCCACCCCCCGCCAAGUCUUCCUCGGCGCCAUCGCGCAGUACGGCCUCAUGCCGUUUCUUGCCCGCUUUCUCGCGGGCGCCUUCGCGCUUCCCUCCCCCCUCGCCGCCGGCCUCAUCCUCGUCGGCGUGUGCCCGGGCGGCGCAGCCAGCAACUUGGUGUGCCUGAUCGCCCAGGCCGACGUCGCGCUUUCCGUCGUCCUCACCCUCGUGUCCACUCUCCUCUCCGUCGCCCUCGUCCCGCUCCUCAUGGAGCUCCUCGCCGGCACCCUCGUCCCCGUCUCCGCGUACGCCCUCUUCCUCAGCACGGCCCAAGUCGUCAUCGCCCCGCUUGUCGCAGGCGCCGUUCUGAAGCGCUCCUUCCCGCGCGCAGUGGACAAAGUUGUCCGCGUGCUGCCGCUCGUGUCCGUCAUUGGCGUCACCCUGAUCUGCGGCGGCGUCGUCGCUGCCAGCGCGGGAUUGCUAGCAGACGUCGGGCCACGCUUGGUCGGCGCUGUGGCGUGCAUGCACGCGACGGGCGGGAUCUUGGGGUACAUAAUUGCGCGCGUGUUUCGGUUGCCGGUGAAGAGCGCGAGAACGGUUAGCAUUGAGGUGAUGAUGCAGAACUCGAGCUUGGCUGUAUCGCUGGCGAAUACCCAUUUUGCGAAUCCGCUCACAGCUCUACCAGGAGCUAUCAGCGCGACUAUGCAUUCGGUUUUUGGGUCGUUUUUGGCGGGUGCUUGGAGGCUUAUGGAUCGAUGGCAGGAGAAAAGGAAGGUAGAGGAGACGGGACGUCAACCUCCGUUACAGGAGGCAGAUGCCUACCGGAUUAUCGAAGAGUAG